GGAAAAAAAUUGUGAAACAAAGUGAGAGAGUGAAGACAAGCAUAUCUCCAGCGAAGGCAAGCACAUCAUCGUCUUCAGCUCUCCAACCUGUCCCUCUCUUUCUCUCUCUCUCUCUUCACUUUCUCUCUCCUUCAUGACCCGUUUUCCAUAGCAGCCCCUGGGAGCUUCACGCUUCACCCUUCAGCUCCCUUCUCUCAAAAACACCCUCUUUCAAUGUCCGUGGCGUGCGGAGUUGAAUGCGUCGUCGUAUUAGGCUGCCUGCGCUGGGCAUGGAAGCGCUGCACCUACAUCGGCAACGACGACAGCGCAACCUGGCCCACCGCCACACCCGAAGAGUUCGAGAGGGUCCCACACAUCUGCCGCCUCAUCCUCGCCGUCUACGAGCCAGAUCUCCGUAACCCCCAAUACCCUCCCCCCGGCGGCUACAGGCUCAACCCCGAUUGGCUCGUCAAGCGCGUCACCUACGAAGAGACCCAAGGUCGUUCCCCUCCGUACAUCAUCUACGCCGACCACGACAACCGCGAGAUUGUCUUGGCCAUUCGCGGUCUGAACCUCGUGAAAGAGAGUGAUUACAAGCUUUUGCUUGAUAAUAGGAUCGGUAUGCAGAUGUUUGAUGGUGGGUAUGCUCACCAUGGGCUUCUGAAAUCUGCUACUUGGCUUCUGAACCAGGAAUCGGAGACCCUUAAGAAGCUGUGGCUGGAGAAUGGUUCGAAUUAUCGGAUGGUGUUCGCGGGUCAUUCUUUGGGUUCUGGGGUUGCUUCUUUGCUUACGGUUAUUGUGGCUAACCACAUUGAUAGAUUGGGUGGGGUUCCCAGGGAUAAGAUUCGCUGCUAUGCGAUUGCUCCGGCCAGGUGUAUGUCGCUUAAUUUGGCUGUUAAGUAUGCGGAUGUGAUACACUCUGUGAUUUUGCAGAUAUGGUUUGCUAUUAAAGAAGAAGAGUUAUCUGGGUCUGAACUAUUGUUUCGAAAAUCAGUGAACUUUCAAGUUUCCAGCCGCGAUGAUUUCUUGCCCAGGACAGCGACUCCAUUAGAAGAUAUAUUCAAGUCACUCUUCUGCUUGCCCUGCUUACUAUUCUUGAUUUGUUUGAGAGAUACCUUCAUACCGGAAGGUAGAAAGCUUAGAGAUCCACGAAGACUUUAUGCACCUGGAAGAAUGUAUCAUAUUGUGGAGCGAAGAUUUUGCAGAUGUGGGAGGUAUCCUCCAGAGGUCAGAACGGCCAUUCCUGUCGAUGGGAGAUUUGAACAUAUUGUCUUGUCAUGUAAUGCCACAUCUGAUCAUGGAAUUAUUUGGAUAGAAAGGGAAGCAGAGAAGGCUAUUAAAAUGAUGAAGGAAAGUAGUGGUGAGACUUUAACAACUCCGCCAAAAGUACAGAGACUUGAGAGGUUGCAGACCAUUGAAAAGGAACACAAAGAUGCAUUAGAAAGAGCUGUCAGCUUGAAUAUACCUCAUGCUGUAACUUCAACCGAAGAACAUGAGGAUGAGGAAGAAGCAGAGGUUCCUCGUAGUCAGAGUGCAGAUGCCCCAGAAGUUCAGUCAAAGUCUAAUAGCGGAAAGACAAACUGGGAUGAACUAGUUGAAACGCUCAUGAAGAAAAAGAAACUUGGAAAUCUGGCUACAGAUGCAAGUCCUUCCCAAUAACAAUAUCUUUCUUUUGUUUGAUUACUUUCUUUCAUGCGCUCCUAGUUGAGGUUAUUUUUUGGGCGAGUGUAUAAUCCUUUUCAAUACAAAUUCUUAAAAUAUGUUUAGAAUUUGUACAUUGUAUCAUGUCCUCCAAGAUAGCACACAACCCCGGCUUUGUUAAGCAGACGGGGGCAUUACCAAUGUAGGGUAUAUACGAAGUGGUUACCCAAUCAUUUGUUGAAGUUCUUGAUUCAUUUUUGAAUCUUGAUUUUCGCUUCUUGUUGUGUAUAUGUAAUUUGAAAGCUCAUGAUAACUGAAUAAUGGUAUAUUUUUCCUGUUGCAAUUUUCAACAUAAGUUCCAUA